UGCUCUGUUUGACUACGGAUAAACAAAUGGUUAAAAAUGGUCAAAAGUAGCCGCAUGUACACGGGCUGUCACACAGUACUAUAAGUAGAACGUUUAGUUAAGACGAUUCGAAGUACACAAUAUGCUAUUCUCAAUUGCUCGACGCGCGCAAGGCGUGUUAGCGGCAGGUGGCCCAAGAGCCGCGUGGACGUCAUACAACGCCUUUAAGGCUGGUAGUGUUUCGUCAUACAAGCGCUACUUAUCCCAGGCCGCUUUGAACGAUGAUUUCAGCGAGCAUGAAACUACCGUUGUAAAGGUCGAUCACAGAGACGAGAAUGCCACGAGGAAGCUCGACGAUUUGGACCAGGAUGGCAUCAAUCUAUCCGCUGACACUAUCUCGUCCCUGCAGCGAAUGGGCAUUAACGAGCUCUUCCCCAUCCAGACGUCGUGCUUCAAGCAUCUGAUCGCUGGCAAGGAUGUCAUCGCCCGUGCACGAACUGGAACCGGCAAGACGCUUGCCUUUGCCGUGCCCAUUGUCGAGAAGAUCACCUCCAUGAACAGAGGCAGGGCCAGAGGUCGCAGCCCCGUGUCGCUGGUCCUUGCGCCCACCCGUGAACUUGCCAUGCAGGUGCACAAAGAAAUUGAGAAGAUCUCCCCCAGAUUGUCGUCUACGUGUAUCUUUGGUGGAGCUUCGUACGAAGUGCAGCAACGUGCUAUUUCUCAGGGUCUGGACGUGCUUGUAGCCACUCCUGGCCGCUUGGUAGACAUGGUGAACCGAGGCAACGUACGCCUGGAUGAGAUCGAACUAUUAGUUCUGGACGAGGCUGAUUCCAUGCUGGAUAUUGGUUUUGAGAAGGAGCUGAGUGCCAUCAUUGGUCAUGUCAAGUCCGUGAACGAAGACACACAGAUGUGUCUAUUCUCGGCCACCCUGCCCUCUUUUAUUCGCAAGACGGUUGGUGCGUAUCUGAAGGCUGACCGAGUUCUGGUGGAUCUGAUUGGCGCUGGAGAGCAGAAGACCUCCGAGACGGUAACCCACCAAUACCUGAAGGUCAACCGGUCCUGCAGUCUCCCUGAAGUAUUGGCAGAUGUGAUCAAGAAAACCACCAACAACUCUGGCCGCGUCAUUGUGUUCACUGAGACCAAGAGCUACGCCACUGAGCUUGCCCUGGCCAUCCCCGGCUCAAAGGCACUGCACGGUGAUAUCGCGCAACACGAGCGAACGCGCACUUUAGACCAGUUCCGCAAAGGUUCUUUCAUGAACCUAAUUGCUACUGAUGUCGCUGCUCGUGGUCUGGAUGUACCGGAGGUGGAGUUGGUGAUCCAAGUUGAACCACCAAAGAGUUUCGAGACAUACAUCCACCGAUCUGGCCGCACUGGACGCGCGGGUAAAUAUGGCACCUGCAUCACUGUUGUUAAGAACAACGAAGCAGAGAGUCAGAUUCUAAGCUACGAGAAGAAGGCUGGUUUCAAGAUGGCCCGAGUUGGCCCGGCGCAGCCCCACGAUUUGGCUCAGAGCGCUAUCUCAGACGCUCGCCAUCAGGUGGACUCUGUGAGUGAGAGUGCCAGCAAGCACUUUGUAGACGCUGCGCGAUCGAUGAUUCAGAAUGAAGGGGCUGAGCUGGCACUGGCCAAGGCGCUCGCGUGCACCGCCGGCUUUAAAUCCGCCAACGUGCGAUCGCUUCUGGACUGUCGCGAGGGCACCCAGUCCAUUACGUGCACUAAGCUGGAGGGUACCUUCCGCAGCAAGGACGAGGCCAUCGGCUUCCUGAACGAUCCGCGAACGGAGAACGACGCGGUCAUCUCUAAGGACAUGAAGCAGGUGAUCUUCGAUGUGCCCGCUCACCGAGCCAAUCAGUUGCUCAAUAAUAGCCCCAGUGGUUGCAAGCUGGAGGUGGCUACGGAGAUUCCUGAUUUAAAGAUACAGAUACAGCACUUUGGUGGAUCCAACAAUCGUUACGGUGGUCGCGGAGGUAGCUAUAACCGUUACGGUGGUGGUGGUUCCAGUCGAGGCGGUGGUGGCAGCUACGGCAGACAGAACGGAGGUAGCAGUGGUGGGUACAACAACAAACAAUCGGGUGGGGGUGCUGGUGGAUAUCAGAGGAAUAGAUAUCAGGGCCAGAAUGAGAGUUAUAAAGGGUAUGGAGGAGGCGGCAGGUCCCAAUCGUGGUAGAGAAAUAGUGGUGAGAUAAGGCACAGGGCAGGAGUGUAUAUGAAGAUUUAGAUAGAUAUAUAGAUAGAUACGUUUGAUAUGUUGAUCCGGGAUACAUAGCAAUGUGUGCUGGACUGCAUUUAUGAAUACAGCGAUAGACAAUCACUUCGCCUGAUGUGUUGAUAGGGACAUAUGGUGUCAGAUGCUUGUGGACGUCUAAGCCGCUGAGGCAUCUCAGUCUCGCCUUUGAGAUAGUAUGGGCAGUUCCUAGCUGGUAGCCCCUUAGUGAGUUCCAAAUGUUAGUCAAGUGGGAACACAUGCAAAGACACGGAUAGGCUACACCUACACAUAAUUGAUUUUUAAUACUUAAUCUUGCGGGUGACCUUGACCACUUUUCAAUAUUAAAUACUCGCCGUACAAAUUUCACCAAACUCGCUUCAUCCUAGAGUUUGUGUGGUCUAUUGUAAGUAUGACUUUCCCUCAAGCCAAAU